UUAUAAAUCUCUCCUCCCAGGCAAGAUCGUGAUGUUAUCUGCUGGCAGCGGAAGGUUUGCUCCAAGGGGAGCUCCAGAAGCUCCCAACGAGAGAGAGAGAGAGAGAAGAAGAAGGGAGACGGAGAGAGGCAGACAGAGAUACAGAGAGACCGAGAGAGGGGCAGAGAGAGAGACACGCACAGAGAAGAGCGAGGGAGAGAGCAAGUGAAGGAGGCCAGGGGAAAGGGAUGGAGAACCUAGGAUAACGGUCUAGAGAGCCAUUCGGGGACGAACCGAGGGGCUGCCAGGCUGCAGGAAAGAGACAGCAGAGGAACGGCUGCAGGCUGCCAAGUGCCUACCUACCCUAAGCGAGAAAGUCCAAGUGGGAGAGAAACCAGGAGAGGGUGGCAAAGGGUGGGAGUCCAAGGGAACCCCCUCGUAACCCCCCAGGAAUAAACCCCCCCCAGUCAGCGCGGCCCGGGGCUGCCGCUGCGGUCCGCGGGGGCUGAAAGCAACGGCGGCGGCAGCCGGUCGUCUGUUGCCGGGUUGGCGUUUGGAGCGAGAGGAGAAGGAGGAGCAGAAGGAGGGAGCUGGAGGCUGGACGCGUUCGCCAGCGGCGGCGGCGGCGGCGGCGGCGGCAGCAACGUGGAGUAACCGGGCGGGUCGGCGCGCCGGCCGGGGUGUCGGCCCCCGAGCGCAGCUCCGGGAGCAGGAUCCUCGCCGCCUCCCUCCGCUGUCCCCGCGGCCCCCGCCGGACCCGAUCCAGCCCGAGCGCCGCGCUGAGCGCUCCCGCGUCCCCGCCGCGAGCCGGGCUCGCCCCCCAGCGCGCGCACGAGGGCGCGCGCGCGCACACACACACACACUCACACACUCACACACACACUCACACACGUGUGCGCUUCUCCGCUCCGGAGCUGCUGCUGCUCCUGCGCUCAGCGCCGCAGUGGAAGGCAGGGCCGCACGGCUCCUUCUUUAAAUAUCUAAAUUGGAGCCGGCCGGCCUCGGCGGCCCCCCUGACAGCGCUCCCGGCGCCCCUCCCGCCGGCGCGCCAGCUGCCAGCCCCGGGACCUUUUCAUCUCUUCCCUUUUGGCCGGAGGAGCCGAGUUCAGAUCCGCCACUCCGCACCCGAAACUGACACACUGAACUCCGUUUCCUCCUCCUAAAUUUAUUUCUGCCUCAUAGCCACUCGUCUCUUUUUUCCCCAUCUCGUCGCUCCAAGAAAACUUUUUCUGACUCCCCAAAGUGAGGGUUCCCCCUGCCCAUCGUGCAUGAAUAUUUCCACUUGGGGAACGACCUGCCUUUUCUUUUUAAAAGAAUUCAAGCAAGAUACCUUUUUCUCUCGGACACUGACUCUCGAUUGUUUGCAAAAGUUUCGCAUUAAAAAAAAAAGCUACCUGAUCUGUACUUGGAGAGUUGUUGUUUUCUUUUUUUUUUUUCUUACUUGUUUUUACUUUUUAAAAAAAUUUUUUCCACCUUUAAAAAAAUGCACUACUGUGUGCUGAGCGCUUUUCUGAUCCUGCAUCUGGUCACGGUCGCGCUCAGCCUGUCUACCUGCAGCACGCUCGACAUGGACCAGUUCAUGCGCAAGAGGAUCGAGGCGAUCCGCGGGCAGAUCCUGAGCAAGCUGAAGCUCACCAGCCCCCCAGAAGACUACCCCGAACCCGAGGAGGUCCCCCCGGAGGUGAUUUCCAUCUACAACAGCACCAGGGACUUGCUCCAGGAGAAGGCGAGCCGGAGGGCGGCCGCCUGCGAGCGCGAGCGGAGCGACGAGGAGUACUACGCCAAGGAGGUUUACAAAAUAGACAUGCCGCCCUUCUACCCCUCGGAAACUGUCUGCCCAGUUGUUACAACACCCUCUGGCUCAGUGGGCAGCUUGUGCUCCAGACAGCCCCAGGUGCUCUGUGGGUACCUUGAUGCCAUCCCGCCCACUUUCUACAGACCCUACUUCAGAAUUGUCCGAUUUGACGUCUCAGCGAUGGAGAAGAAUGCUUCCAAUUUGGUGAAGGCCGAGUUCAGAGUCUUUCGUUUACAGAACCCCAAGGCCAGAGUCGCGGAACAACGGAUCGAGCUGUAUCAGAUUCUCAAAUCCAAAGAUUUAACGUCUCCAACCCAGCGCUACAUCGACAGCAAAGUCGUGAAAACGAGAGCGGAAGGUGAAUGGCUGUCCUUUGAUGUCACGGAUGCUGUUCACGAAUGGCUCCACCAUAAAGAUAGGAACCUGGGAUUUAAGAUAAGUUUACACUGUCCUUGCUGCACCUUUGUACCAUCUAAUAAUUACAUCAUCCCCAAUAAAAGUGAAGAACUAGAAGCACGAUUUGCAGGUAUUGAUGGCACCUCCACAUAUACCAGUGGUGAUCAGAAAACUAUAAAGUCCACUAGGAAAAAAAACAGUGGGAAGACCCCACAUCUCCUGCUAAUGUUGUUGCCCUCCUACAGACUUGAGUCGCAACCAUCCAACCGGCGGAAGAAGCGUGCUUUGGAUGCAGCUUAUUGCUUUAGAAAUGUGCAGGAUAAUUGCUGCCUGCGUCCACUUUACAUUGAUUUCAAGAGGGAUCUUGGGUGGAAAUGGAUACAUGAACCCAAAGGGUACAAUGCUAACUUCUGUGCCGGAGCCUGCCCGUAUCUGUGGAGCUCAGACACUCAGCACAGCAGGGUUCUCAGCUUAUAUAAUACCAUAAAUCCAGAAGCAUCUGCCUCCCCUUGCUGCGUGUCCCAGGAUUUAGAACCGCUAACCAUUCUCUACUACAUCGGCAAAACACCCAAGAUCGAACAGCUUUCCAACAUGAUCGUAAAGUCUUGUAAAUGCAGCUAAGAUUCUUGGAAAAGUGACAAGUCAAUAAUCACACGAUGACGAUGUUGAUGGUGGUGAUGGCGGUGACGACAUUGGUGAUGUUUGUAACGAGAAAACACGAGAGAGCCUUGCUUCUUCAUCAGUGUUAAAAACAAAAAUCUGACCAAGCGGUACUAGUUCAAACACUUUGGAAGUUUGUGUUCUGUUUGUUAAAACUGGCAUCUGAAAAAAAAAAAAAAAACCACAAAAAGAGUUGAAGGCUUUAUUCUACAUUUCACCUACUCUGUAAGUGAGAGAGACGAGAAGCAAAACCUUUUUUUUUUUAAGAGAAAAAAUAAACACUGGAAGAAUUUGUUAGUGUUAAUUAUGUGAAAGAAAAAAAAAAAAAACAAAAAACAGGAAAAUCCCGUUACGUGGAGUUGCUGUACAUACCGUUCCUACCCCAGGCCUCACUUGAUUUUUCUGUAUUGCUCUGCAGUAGGCACCCUUCCCAUUCGCCCUCUUAGAGUUAACAGUGAGUUAUUUAUUGUGUGUUACUAUAUAACGAACAUUUCAUGACCCUUGGAAAAUAAAACAGGUGUAUAAAGUGGAGACCAAAAACUUUGCCAGAAACUCAAGGAUGGCUUAAGGAACUUGAACUCAAAGGAGCCAG